AUCUCUUCAUUUCAUCAUCUUCUUCUCCUUCUCCUCUGGUGUUUUUCUUCUCCGGAUCGGAAGAAAAAACCCAGAGAAAUUGAAAUUGGCGAGCCAUAGGAACGAUCUACGGAGAAGAGUCGAUGAAAAAGCGUUGAUUUUUCCCAGCGAUCGAGAGAAGUGAGGGUUUUGAGGGGGUAAUGGACAUCGAUAGCAUCGAGUGCGUAUCUUCAUUGGAUGGGAUGGAAGACGAAGAGAUCCGAUCGUCUCACCAUCUCAAACACAGUUCUUCGACCAAACCUCACAGUAAUGUCUUUCCGGCCACCGGAAUUGCUCCGACGAGUGUCCAUGAAUUGCUCGAAUGCCCCGUCUGUACAAACUCUAUGUACCCUCCCAUUCAUCAGUGUCACAACGGGCACACACUUUGUUCGACUUGUAAGACAAGGGUACACAACCGGUGUCCUACUUGCAGACAAGAGCUUGGUGACAUCCGCUGCUUAGCACUAGAGAAGGUUGCAGAGUCACUUGAAUUGCCUUGCAGACAUUAUGCAUUGGGAUGCCCUGAGAUAUUCCCAUAUUACAGCAAGCUCAAACAUGAAGCCGUUUGCAACUUCAGGCCAUAUAAUUGCCCAUAUGCGGGAUCCGAGUGCUCAGUCACUGGGGACAUACCUAAUCUGGUAUCUCAUUUGAGAGAUGACCACAAGGUGGACAUGCACAAUGGAUCCACAUUCAACCAUCGAUACGUCAAGUCCAAUCCUCGUGAAGUAGAAAAUGCAACUUGGAUGCUCACCGUGUUCCAUUGUUAUGGUCAGUACUUCUGCCUUCACUUUGAGGCCUUCCAGCUUGGGAUGGCCCCUGUUUAUAUGGCCUUCCUCCGCUUCAUGGGCGACGAGAACGAAGCACGGAAUUACAGCUACAGUCUGGAGGUGGGUGCAAAUGGCAGAAAGCUCACAUGGGAGGGCACCCCAAGAAGUAUUCGCGACAGCCAUCGCAAGGUAAGGGAUAGUCACGACGGCCUCAUCAUUCAACGCAACAUGGCACUUUUCUUUUCUGGCGGGGACAGGAAAGAACUCAAGCUUAGGGUCACAGGGAGGAUAUGGAAGGAGCAGCAAAACUCAGAUGCUGGGGUCUGCAUACCUAACCUCUGUAGUACCUAAAUGUUUAUACUGUAAUUUCUUAAUUCUUUGGAGUAAUAAUUGUUCUCUACCCUUUCUCUGUAAUCUUGAGUGUGAGAGAGAAAAAAGAAAAACUCCAAAACUUUUAACUUGUGUUGUUGUUGUACCUUAUAAAGUUGUGCUGUCAAUGUAUGAGGCUCUGAAUAUAUCUAUCCCAUAUCU